GAUGUUGUUGCCGAUGAUGAUGGUGGUGUUCGUGGGGAGGAUGCUGCUGAUGAUGAUGAUGAUGAUGAUGUUCAUGGGGAGGAUGCUACUGAUGAUGGUGUUCAUGGGGAUGAUGAUGAGAACAAGCAUGAUGUUGAUGAAAGUGAUGAAAAAAUACAGAAAAGUUCUAAUGUGGUAGUUAAAAACAGUGAUGCAAAAUCUACCAGUCCAGACAAGUCACCUGAGACUUCAGGAAAGAGAAAGAAAAUUAUCAUAAUACCAACCAACACUGAGAAAACUCUGGUAGAUAAAAAGAGCAGUCAUGCUACUAAGGUUGAUGUUGUUGCAUCAACAGAACUGAAGGCACAAGAUGGAACAGAUAAAAAGGACAUCAAAUCAGAAUCACCGCUACUAUAUAAAUCCAUCUUGCCAUCUGCUACUACCAGUGAAAAAGAAGUUUCACCAGCUAAACCACAGCUAGUACAAGGACCUGCUCUACCUCAGAAAGAUGUGUUAAAAAUCAAACCAUCAGUAUCACUAUCAGCAUCUCCAGUGCAGAAACCGCUGCUAAAGCUUGUACAGGCAAAGGGACAAAUUAAAAUUGCUCCAAAGCCAAUUGCAUCAACUAGUGCAAAAAUUGUUGCAUUUCCGUCAACUAAUAGUCAUAUACCAGGGACUAUGUUGAAAACUGCUACCACGGCAACCGGACAAAGGUUACUAGUAAUUACAAGUGUUGCUCAACCUAGGGUUAGUGGUACAAAUAGUAUUACAGUUUCUUCUCUUAGUAGUGUAGUGAGUCCUGUAGUCAGCACAACACUGGGAAAAGCUGGUACACUACAGUCAGCUCUUCUAGAUGGAGGCCUACCAUUAGAUAGCUCUACAGGACCCACUGUUAAUGUUAUUGUGCAUAAUAAUCUACUGAAGAGAAAUAAUCCGGUUACAAGAUAUGUACCCAAAUUGCCUCCUAAGGAAUGGAAGAUGAGUGUGCCUAUGGAUGGAUACAGAUGUUUGGAAUGUGGCGAUGCAUACUUAUUUGAAAGCAGUUUGAAUAUGCAUUUAGAAAGAUGUAGUCUCACAAUUACCUAUGUUUGCGAGGUGUGUAAUAAGAAGCUAGUCUUCUAUAAUAAAUGCAGUUUGCUGCGACAUGUACGUCUUCACUACUCUAAGUCUGCUAAGAACAUUAACGUCUCUCUUAAGUCUGUAGAAGUUAGUUCAUUGAACAAAAGUGUCAUCAGCUUAUGGCCUACGGGCACUAGGAGAGACAAUCAAACAAGUUAUCAAGAUAAAUCAGUGACGAAUGUUCCCACAGCUCAGCCACAAUGCCCAGAAUGUGAAGUUGUAUUCGCCAAUCUGCAGUCUCGGAAUACCCAUUUUCAGUUAAAUGGAAAAGGAAGUGACCUUAAUUGCACUGUUUGCGGACUUCACUGUCCAAAUAAAUGCUACUACCAAGCUCAUCAACGUGUACACAAAAACCAAGCUCCCUAUAUCUGUCCAGAAUGUGGUGAAGACAAACACGAUCGUGAACUCUUCUACGUUCAUUUGAAUGCUUCCUGUUUCCAUUUCUGUCGUCAAGCUGUUUACAAAUGUACACAUUGUAAUGCAGGUUACCCUAACAUCACCAGUGUUAAAGAACACUUACAAAAUAUACAUACUGAUACCUUCUGCAAAUGUCCAAUCUGUCCUAUGGCAUUUAAGUCAGUUGAUAUCAUCAAUAAUCAUAUGCAGAGCCAGCAUCAACUUGCGGGACAUGGGUUUCGUGUUAUCCACAAAUGCCCCAUGUGUGAUACUGUGUUUCCCCAGAAGAGCAGUCUACCCAGUCAUUUGAAUACACAUCUAAUUAAUAAGGAGAAUCUUAGAAUCUAUGUGUUCAAAUGCAAUGAUUGUAAUAAACACUUUGACAGCAAGGAAACUCUACAGAAACACCAACAAGUUCAGCAUAAAGGGAGUCAAUUAAAGGACUUUGUCUGUGAUGUGUGCCGAGUUCCUUUCAAAACCUACCAGUUCAUGCUGCAACACAAGAACAAACAUUUUGAACAGUUGAAAUCCCCACCACCCACAACUGUUAUUAACAACAAAUGUUCUGUGUGUGGUAAGCUCUUUGAUAGCAAAGCAGAUAUGAUAGAUCACAUUGUAGAACAUGAGAAAGAUGGUGUGUUUGUCUGCCAACAACUAGUAGAACAUCUACAGCAACAUGAACAGAAACUGACACAGUCCAUAAUCAAGAAUAGCUGUCAUGAGUGUGGUAUUGCUUUCAAAAGCAUGGAGGCCCUAAACAAGCAUAUGAAACGCACACACAGAAGAUUAGCUCCUCAUGCCUGCCAAAUAUGUCCAAAAACUUUUGAGUCCAAUAAAAGUUUACAACGACAUAUUCGUGUUAAACACAAAGGUUCCAUUCCGUAUACAUGCUGGCACUGUAGUGAUACCACCAAACAGACUUUUAGUAAGCGCUCUCAGUUGAAGAAGCACUUGCAGAGAGUUCAUGGGAUAACAGCUGAUGCCGAGUUUCCCGAAAUGCCAGCAACGACAGCAGGAACCAAUAUACAUGUUAGAAAAAGAAGAUCAACAAUUGUUGGAAACAGUAGAGCCACAAGCAAAAGAGCUAAAUUUGAACUGAGUUCUUCAUAUGACUGUGCAAAAUGCAGUUAUCACACCGAUGUAAGACGUGAGUUCCAGGAACAUAUCGUGGAACAUAAAAAUGAUACAGCGUCAGCACAGUGUAAAGAAUGUGGUUUGUUAUUCCGUGGUGAUCAGUCGCUAAAAAAACAUCUGUAUAUGAUUCAUAAAGUGAAAGAUUUCAAUGAAUAUGAAGAUGCUAUAAGUCUAUUAGAAGAGAAUGGUGGUAGUCAGAAAACUACUGUCGCUCCGAGUGGUAGCAUUAUAUCAAAAAGAACUGAAGAUGCUCUCAGUUUAGAAUGCAAUGUUUGUUAUAAGUCAUUUGACAAUGAUAUUUCAUUGCGUACACAUAUGAGAAACCAUGGCAUGGCGUUUAUUAAAUCAAAGCGUGGUAAUUCAGGUGACUCAUCAUAA